AUGCAAGAUUGUAACUUUGUCUCCACUCCUGUUGACUCUGCGGGCAAAGUUGGUGCUCAAGCCGGUGUUCCCUUUGAUGAUCUUACAUUGUAUCGUAGUUUGGCCGGUGCUCUUCAUGCCGAGGUGGAAUAUCGGGGCAUUGGAAAUGUUGUUUCUGAGUUAUGUUGGAUUUUCAAUUUAUUGCUUGACCUUGGCUGUCCUCUUCGUCGUGCCUCCUUGGUGUAUACCGAUAAUGCUAGUGCCAUUUAUCUUUUUGAAAAUCCGGUCCAGCGUCAACGUACUAAGCAUAUCGAUAUUGAUAUUCUAUUCGUUCGAGAGAAAAUUCAACGUGGUCAAGUUCAAGCGUUGAACUGCUUACAUCACAAAGGAAUUUUUCAUGGUGACUUGAAGCCACGAAACAUUUUGAUUUAUGAUGGGGAUGUCAUUAAGAUUUGUGACUUUGGGCUUGCACAGGUUAUGUGGAAAACAAACAAGGAGCUGCAGGAAAGAACAAAUACUUUUAAGUACAUGGCUCCAGAAACAUUGCUAUCCAAGAAUUUCCUCAGUCCUGCUGAUCUAUGGUCACUUGGAAUUGUUUUGUAUGAAUUAUUAGGCGGUCACUUUCCAGGUUACGUUCAUGGCGGAGCUACUGGUGUGACUCGCUGGCAUGAAACUGACUGGCGUGGGAAUUAUCCUCUGCUUCGAUGGUCAACUAAAAUCAGUCCAGACCUCGAAAGCCUUGUUAUGCGUCUGCUUGACAAGAAUCCUGACAAUAGAAGUCGUGAAUGGCCCGCGAGCUUUGUUGAGCCCAUGGGUUUGCUGGUCAACUUAAAGGAAUUUUGUGCCAACACUGCUGGUGCAAGAGUAUGUGAUGCUGCUGGAGAAGAGAAAACAUGUACACAGAGGACUGACCUGACCUCUGCAAGACUGGAAGAAAUCCAUCAGCUGAACUGGUAUGGAACUUUAUCUAGCAUGGCUGGAGGUCCCGAGUUGAUCAGCCAAGAUGAAAAAGCACUUUCAACUGUCUUGCAGCCUCUUAAGGAUAAGUUCUGCAGGGUUGAAGAAGUUGUCACUGUCAACCAGUCCCUGGAGAUUAUUUCAAAGAUAGUUGAUGCUGGUGUAGUUAAUUUAGAAAGGCUGCCACGGAUUUUUGAGGCACUUAUAGGCUUCAACAACCAUCUUAUUUCUUUAGAAAAGUCAGAUUAUAAUGACUUACUGGUAAAGUGCUUCGUAGUUGUAAAGAAGUUACUCGUUGAGUACGGAGGUCAAUUUGGUGAUUCAGAUACAAGUACUUGGAUUAUACCCGUAGUCGAACUUUUACAAAAGGUUGCUAAUUGUAGACCAGAAGCCUCAUCUGGAAAAGUUAUGUAUGAAGCCAUUGGUUGCAUUACAGUUAUACAAAAGAUACUGUAUCAUGUUAAAGAAACCCGUGUACAUGUAAUCAAUAAUUUGCUCUCGUGCUUAAAAACUUGUGGCAUCAGCCUCAAAUCUGGCAUGUUAGAUUUUUCACCUGCUGCUUUCAAAGCAUUUGACACUAUUUGGUGGUGGCUAAGUACAUCUGAGAGUCAGUAUAGAAAAGAAAAGGCAUUCACAGAUCCACUUAGCUCUAUGUAUUGCCAUACCAUGGAUAGUCACAACGUUGAAGGAGAUGAACGUGACAAAUCAUUGAAUGAUGCAUAUUUUAAAAAUAUUAUUCAUGCAGUGACAAAAGCAUUCCUUCGUUUCAAAGCUAUACAGUUUGCUUUUAACAAGUGUAUUUUCCAUCCCUCAGAGCGUGCACCGUCUUCUGCUAUACAGUAUGAUACAUUCAGAAUCUUUUUCUUUGAAUAUGUGAGUUUGUUACCGGUAACCACAGUCAUUAGUGGAGGUGGAGAUCAUACCAUCGUUUCAGCGAUUUUUUCCAAGUUAUCUUGGUAUGCAAGACAUCCACAAAGUACAGUUCCGGAGCAGAUUUGCUAUUUGUGCCUUGUACUUGUUACAGUCGCACAAUCCUUAAAAUCAGUUGGACGGACUUCUGCAGAAUUGAUGCUUACUUCAUCACCAGAAAAUCAGCAGUCUCGCCUCUCUGACCUUGCCCAGCUUUAUUCUAGACUUCAGAAUACUAAGCCGUAUGUGAUGCUAGGACUAGCAUCCAUCUUUUCUCUUGAAAGUAGUCCUGUUUCAUCAAUUUCCGAAAUAGCUUUACCCUUAAUUCCUCAGGAUGCCACCCUUUGUAAUUAUCUCAGGACUAUUCUAACAGAAGAUGUCAAUGCAAGCAAGCUUCCAAACUGGCACGGCCUCGGGGAUGGUGCUGUUGGGUUGUUAGAGGCUAGACUAAAAUGGGGUGGGCAUUCAGCGAUUCAGCAGUUUUGUGCAAGUAGUUACUAUCUAACUCUUCUUGAAUUGUUAGAAGGAAGUAACUAUUCAUCACAGAACGAAUUUGGACUAUCACCUGUUGGGGUCGUAUGGACAGUUUUAGCACUAUAUCACUGCCUUAGGGAUAAUAAUCUAAUUAUACAGUUGUUUUUCCUUGACGUGAAACGUGUCAAACUUAUUUCUGGUUUGAUAUGUGAGGUUCAUAUUAAUCGUAUACGGCGUUGGGGUGGACCUGGUGGGGGCGGAAAUGGAGUCAGAGAUACAGUUAAUGCUGUUAUUAACUUCCUUGAAUAUCAGUUUGAGAGCCUUACAGAAUCACCAGUAUAUAUUCCAUUAAUUCUAAAGGUAGGAAUUCCCGGGCAAGUCGUGAAGUGUUUGGAACACGUAGAAUUAAAAGAUGUUGCAAGACCAGUUGGCUUUAUAGCCAGAAUGACAUGUGAUAGAUCAAUUAUUGAUCAACUCCUUGAAAAAGGUCUGUUCGAUCCAAUUUUAAUGAAAAGGUUACUUGGUACUUCAUCACCAAGACAAGUCACCCUGGACAUUCUGAAAAUAAUUUCAGAUUUAGCUUAUAUGAGCAAGGAUUUUUAUGAGCGCAUAAAAGAAGCCGAUAUCUUUCCUUUCCUCUCUGACUUUCUUACACAUGAAGAUCCCAAUGUGCGUGCAAAGGCUUGCCGUGCUAUAAGCAAUAUGUGCCUGCAUAAUCUUUACUUUUAUAGUUUAAUGGAAAAGCAUAAUAUAGUUUCUCUUUUGGUGGCUUGCUACUCUGAUGAGGACACAGACACUAGUUUAUAUGCUGGCAUUGCAAUUACUAAUGUAGCACUUCAUAAUGAGCUGCAAUAUAAAGAGCUGGGGAGAUGUAUACCUCAACUUGCAAAAUUGUUGUUCUCGGAAAAAGUUGGAUACAGAACAAAGAGAAGUGCAUGUCAUUUGAUGCGUGCUCUUGUUAAACAUUCCGGUAAACUUUGUGAAGAUAUCAUUAAAGAAUGGGCAAUGGAGGCUUUGAUUAUUCUGGUAGGGAAGUGUCUACUCUACCCAAACAACCAACCCGAAGAGAAGUCACUACUCGAUACAUCUCUGUUAACAUUAGAGAAACUGUGUAAUUACUCAUCUUGUAGAGACUACUUCCAUAAAUCAGCUCAUUUUUCGAAAAUUGAACAAGCCUUCAGGAAAGCGACAGGUUCAUGGGUUGCCGCCUCUGUCUCUCACAUUUUUAAUAAAACCUCAAAACUUUAG